CGCCUUCAGCUGCGACUUUUGCACCCACUCGCAUUCCUCAUUUUUUUUCUCUUAUUUUUUUUUUCUCGAUAUAUAUAAACAGGUUUAGGGUAUUUUAAUUUUGGAUAUGAAUCAACCUCAAGGUUCGGGCAACAACGACUCGGACGACGAGCUGGUUGUGGAGUCGGUUGACGCGGAUUCGAAGGCGGACGUUGAGGCGGCGGCGGCGUCGGUGGUUUCUUCUGGUGGUGAAGAGGAAGGAGGAGGUGUGGUGGAGGAUUCAAUGGAGGAUGAUACGGUGAGUCCGGCUACUGUGUUUUGUAUUAGGCUGAAACAGCCUAGGUCCAAUUUGCAGUAUAAGAUGAGCGUUCCGGAGUUGUGCAGGAAUUUCAGUGCUGUGGCUUGGUCUGGGAAGUUGAAUGCCAUCGCUUGUGCUUCUGAAACUUGUGCUAGAAUUCCAAGUUCUAAUGCAAAUCCACCCUUUUGGAUUCCUAUACACAUUGUGAUCCCAGAGCGUCCAACUGAGUCUACCGUGUUCAAUGUUAUAGCAGAUUCUCCUCGUGAUUCUGUGCAAUUUAUCGAAUGGUCCCCAACAUCUUGUCCUCCAGCCUUAUUGAUAGCUAAUUUUCAUGGGAGGAUAACCAUCUGGACACAGCCUACUCAAGGGCCAGAGAAUCUUGUAUGUGAUUCUAGCUGCUGGCAGCGCGAGCAUGAAUGGCGGCAGGACAUAGCUGUGGUUACUAAGUGGCUGGCUGGUGUUUCUCCGUAUAGGUGGCUUUCCUCAAAAUCCAGUAACCCAGCAAACUCAAAGUCAACUUUUGAGGAAAAAUUCCUUUCCCAGCAGUUUCAAAAUUCAGCUAGGUGGCCCAAUUUUCUUUGUGUUUGCUCCGUCUUCUCCGCAGGGUCUGUUCAACUUCAUUGGGCACAAUGGCCUCCUACUCAGGACAAUACAACACGGAGAUGGUUUUGCACUAGCAAGGGACUUUUGGGUGCCGGUCCUAGUGGGAUCAUGGCUGCUGAUGCUAUCAUAACAGACAGUGGUGCCAUGCAUGUGGCUGGUGUUCCAAUUGUCAAUCCCUCAACUAUUGUUGUUUGGGAGGUGACACCUGGUACUGGAAGUGGAUUUCAGGCAACUCCAAAGACAACCACUAGCAAUGGGGUCCCACCUUCACUUAAUCCACCCAGCUGGGCAGGUUUUGCCCCACUGGCUGCAUAUUUAUUUAGCUGGCAAGAAUAUUUAAUGUCUGAAAUAAAACAGGGGAAGUCAACAGAUCAAGAUUUAAAUGACAAUGUAUCACUCCAUUGCUCACCAGUUUCAAAUUUUUCUGCGUAUGUGAGUCCUGAAGCUGCAGCUCAAUCUGCAGCAACCACUACGUGGGGGUCUGGAGUAACUGCAGUUGCCUUUGAUCCAACUCGUGGUGGCUCUGUUAUUGCUGUCGUAAUAGUUGAGGGACAAUAUAUGUCCCCCUAUGAUCCAGAUGAGGGUCCUACAAUCACAGGAUGGAGAGUGCAACGUUGGGAGUCAUCUCUACAGCCUGUUGUUCUUCAUCAGAUAUUUGGGAAUCCUUCUUCCAGUUUGGGUGGACAGCCACCUAUGCAAACUGUUUGGGUUUCCAAGGUUGAUACCAGUAUAACACCAACUAAUGAUUUUAAGAGUUACCAACCAGUUGCAGCAGGACCAACCUCUGAUGCAAGAAAAAUUCCUGAUCCUAAUGCUGAAAAGGCAAAAAGAGUCAGUUUUGAUCCAUUUGAUCUGCCAAGUGAUGUUAGAACUCUUGCUCGAAUUGUUUAUUCUGCUCAUGGUGGCGAGAUUGCUAUUGCAUUUCUGCGAGGUGGGGUACAUAUUUUUUCUGGUCCAAACUUUGCCUCUGUUGAUAACUACCAAAUCAAUGUUGGAUCUGCAAUUGCUGCUCCUGCCUUUUCUUCAACAAGCUGUUGUUCAGCUUCUGUCUGGCAUGAUACUAACAAGGACCGCACAAUACUAAAGAUAAUUCGUGUUCUUCCUCCUGCUGGUCCAAGUAGUCAAAUAAAGGCAAACUCUUCAACUUGGGAACGUGCAAUUGCUGAAAGGUUUUGGUGGAGCCUCUUGGUUGGAGUUGAUUGGUGGGAUGCCAUUGGCUGUACUCAGAGUGCCGCGGAGGAUGGCAUUGUUUCUUUGUACAGUGUUAUUGCUGUCCUAGAUGCAGAUUUUCACUCUCUGCCUUCUACUCAUCAUAGGCAACAGUAUGGUCCUAGUUUAGACAGGAUAAAAUGCAGACUACUGGAAGGUACGAAUGCUCAAGAGGUUAGGGCAAUGGUUCUAGACAUGCAAGCUAGGUUGUUGCUGGAUAUGCUGGGGAAAGGAAUUGAGUCAGCAUUGAUAAAUCCAUCUGCUUUAGUACCUGAGCCGUGGCAAGCAACUAGUGAAAUGUUAAACAACAUUGGUGCUGAAGCAAUGGCUGUUGAUCCUGCCCUUGUUCCGAGUAUUCAGGCAUAUGUUGAUGCUGUUCUGGAUCUGGCUUCACAUUUUAUAACACGUUUGAGGCGUUAUGCCAGUUUCUGUCGCACUUUGGCAAGCCAUGCUGUUACUGGCAGCAACCGGAAUGCGGUGGCUAGUCCCACCCAAAGCACAACAACUAUUGCAACAAGUCAGGCAGGUCAAAACGGUACCACUAGUUCGGCUGGAAGCACACAGAUGCAAGCUUGGGUACAAGGUGCCAUUGCCAAGAUUAGCAGCUCUAAUGAUAGUGUCUCUAGUUCAACUCAAAACACCAUAAGUGGUCCUUCUUCCUUCAUGCCAAUUUCCAUUAAUACUGGAACUUUUCCUGGGACACCAGCUGUUAGGCUUAUUGGAGACUGUCAUUUCCUUCAUAGAUUGUGUCAACUUUUGCUUUUCUGCUAUUUCUUUCGGCGUACACAACAAUCCCGCUUUGCACAAAGAAGUACUGAUACAAAUGCACCAAAACCUCAACCUGGAGCACCUGGCAAAACGGACGAGGUCAAUUCUGUUUCUGCUAAAACAUCAACUAUGACUGUGUCAGAAGAAAGCCAAGGAACUAGAGCUGGCCAGGUGGUACCCGGAACCAAAGGAGUUGAGGAAGCUCCUGCUGGCCGAUUAAAGUUGGGUACAGGGAAUGCUGGUCAAGGAUACACUUUUGAGGAGGUCAGGGUUCUUUUCCUCAUACUUAUGGAUCUAUGUCGACGAACUUCUGCUUUAGCACACCCUUUACCAGUUUCUCAGGUUGGGAGCAGUAACAUUCAAGUGCGACUCCAUUAUAUUGAUGGGAACUACACUGUAUUGCCUGAGGUAGUAGAAGCUUCCCUUGGCCCACAUAUGCAGAAUAUGCCUCGGCCAAGGGGUGCAGAUGCUGCUGGCCUUUUACUUCGUGAAUUAGAACUCCACCCUCCAGCUGAAGAGUGGCACAGAAGGAACAUGUUUGGUGGGCCAUGGUCUGAUAAUGAGGAUAUCGCCUUCAUAGAUGAUCUGCCCAAAUUAAGUAAUUCCAUAGACUUACUGAAUGUCAGCUCCUCAGGAAACUCUGAUGUCUAUUAUGGAACCCAUCGCCUUUGGCCAAGGAAGCGUAGGAUGUCCGAAAGAGAUGCAGCCUUUGGCUUAAACACUUCUGUGGGGCUGGGAGCGUAUCUUGGUAUAAUGGGAUCUCGAAGAGAUGUUGUUACCUCAGUGUGGAAGACUGGUCUUGAAGGUGUUUGGUACAAGUGCAUAAGAUGUUUGCGGCAGACUUCAGCUUUUGCUUCACCUGGUUCCACCAAUCAACCCUGUCAAAAUGAUCGAGAAAAAUGGUGGAUCAGCCGUUGGACCUCUGGCUGCCCUAUGUGUGGUGGAACAUGGGUUCGAGUUGUAUAGAUGUUCUUUCCGAAUGGUGCUCUCUCUUUUUUGGAUUCUAGCUUGAGAAAUAUAUUUUACUGACAAAGGGUGAUGUAGAACUGAUCUAUUGGACAGAAGUAUUUCACUGACAUUAUGAUCUGGAACUUAUGGAUUAAACAGCCUUGUUUUUCCUACUGGAUAGAUAGUGCUUGAAAUGUGAAUUCUAAUUUCACUGGGAUCCCAACUAUUAUUGCUGAUUCAAGCGGUGUGGAGACAAUUUCUUCAUAGCAAAUUCAAGCCAAACAUUCAGAUUGUAAAUCCCCUUGUUCCGUCCUCUAUGUUUCUGUUGGGAGGACCCCCUUUGUUAAAGAAAUCAUUUUUCAGCUUCAUGGUCACCGGAACUGACAAUCUUCUUAUGGAAGAAACAUCCGUUAGUGAUUCCAGCUUUUAAUAGAGUAAAAUGAUUGCUUGGAUCCUGGAAACAUUUUCUAUGCAUUCACUGGCAAACGCUCAAAUGUUUAAUGUUCGUUUUGUAUGGCAUGUUGAUAAAAGAACGGAUAGUCUAGAAAUGCUUAGAAAACUCCGUUUAUUUUUCUAUUGCUGGAGAACCUACUUCCCAUUCUCAAAUUAUCGUUUAGGAGUCAUCUCUCUCAUCUUCCCACCCUGCAGUGUAACAUUUAGAACCUACAGAGAAGAGCUACUGGUUUGUAACUAUCUAGUCUUUGUCACCGUAACAUUUAGAACCUACAGAAAAGAGCUACUGGUUUGUAACUACCUAGUCUUUGUGCGUGACUAGAACAGAAGGAUGAGCAACUCUUUGUUCUUCAAGCCAUGUAAUCAUAACAUGUUUGAGAUUGAAUGUCCUUUCCAGAUUUCACUUCUAAAUUCAUUGAUGUGAUAUUCAAAUAAUGUGAUUCAAUUACA